CUCACCCCCACGCACAAAACGUUUCUCCAUUGCCACUCUCUUCUCUAACUUCUCUCUCUCUAUAUUAAUACCCAUAUAUAGCCGGCCAUUGCCCUCAUUUGAUUCCAUUUUCAAUGCCCUUAUUGUCAUUUUCACCCUCUAUAAAUGCCAAUGUCUGUACCUACUUAAUCUGAAAAAAACCCAUUUUUCUUAAUUCAUCUUCAAGUUUAAGUUGAUUGUGUUGUUUUUUUUUACUUACAAUAUGUUUGACCUUAAUCUUGGUUUCGAUGAUAAUGCCAUGGUUGAUACUGUUACGACGUCGGAUAAGCUAUCAUUUUCCGGUACAUCUAAUUCAUCCAUUGUUAACGUGGAAACAACUUCCUGUACUACUGCCGAUGAUGAGUUUAUUUCGUGUUCCGAUCAUCAACAACAUUUCCCUAAUGGAUACACAUUUGAUAUACUAAGAAACCAUGAUUACGUGGAAACUGAGUUGUUGACCAAGGAGUUAUUCCCGUUGACCGGUGGAGGAGAGGCGGUGGUGCCAGCUCAGCAGCAACAGUGGUUGGAUCUAUCGGGUAAUUACAGUGGUCCAGCGGAGCAGAGGAUUGUUGUUGUACAACCACCAGAGCAGAGAGUACAACAAGUGAAGAAGAGUAGAAGAGGACCUAGGUCAAGGAGUUCACAAUAUCGUGGUGUUACUUUUUAUCGUAGAACUGGUCGUUGGGAAUCUCACAUUUGGGAUUGCGGGAAACAAGUUUAUUUGGGAGGCUUUGAUACUGCACAUGCUGCUGCUAGGGCAUAUGAUCGUGCUGCGAUUAAAUUUAGAGGACUUGAUGCAGAUAUCAAUUUCAAUGUCAGUGAUUAUCAUGAUGAUCUAAAGCAGAUGGCAAACUUUUCAAAGGAAGAAUUCGUGCACAUACUUCGACGACAGAGCACUGGUUUCUCUAGAGGAAGUUCGAAAUACAGGGGAGUUACGCUUCACAAAUGUGGACGAUGGGAAGCUCGGAUGGGGCAGUUUCUUGGAAAGAAGUAUAUCUAUCUUGGAUUGUUUGACAGCGAGAUAGAAGCUGCAAGGGCGUAUGAUAAGGCUGCUAUAAAAUGCAACGGAAGGGAGGCAGUCACCAAUUUUGAGCUAAGCACUUAUGAAGGGGAAUUAAGUACUGAGGCUGAUAAUGGAGGUCCGAUGCAUAAUUUAGAUCUGAACUUGGGAAUAGCCCCAUCUGUUUUAGCCGAUCACCAGCAUGGCAACACAUUCCAGUGUGCUACAUAUGAUUUGCCUGAAUAUAGAGGAGCCUUGAAAUCUCCUUCUACCACAAUGGGAAAUAAAGUGCCUCAUGGCCCUCUGCUCUGGAAUGGAGUGAAUACCAGUAUAUUUCCCCCAUUUAAGGGAACGGCAAUAGGGAAGGGUAUGGAAGUUGAUUCUUCAGUGCCACUCUUCUCUACUGCAGCAUCAUCAGGAUUCGCUAAUUCAACAACAGCUGCUGUUCAUCUACCUCGCUUUUCUACUGGACAAUUACCGUAUCAUCAUUCACCAUCACUUGCCCAUAUGAACUUUGCACAUCAUUACUGCAGAAGCUGAAGUAGUUUGUUUGCUAUUAGAUCAAAAGUGCCUAUGCAAUAUGUUUUUUUCAAAUUGAAUUCUAGUUUACUUAGGAAUGAGCCAGUGUGGAACUUGAUAACUUUGCUGUACAAAGUUUCAGAACAGCAUUUUUACAUUGCUUCGAUAGUUCUGACUAUUAUUGAGAAUAUUCAUUUGUAGCUUCAUGCUCAA